AAAGAAUGAGAGCACCUACUUCACAAGACAACUUAUGGGUAGCAGCAGGUGACGGUCAACUCGAUCGAGUCAAGGAAUUGAUUGAAGGUGGCAUGGAUGUAAAUAGUCAUGAUCAAUUUGGUUAUACAGCAAUGCACGCAGCAGUAUCAUAUAAUCAGACCGAAAUUGUGAAGUAUUUGUUGGAUAAAGGAGCUGAUGUGAAUGUAGAAGAUUUUGAUAAAGAUACACCCUUGUUUGUAGCAGAGACAGUGGAAAUGGCACAGAUCUUGCUUGAUCGUGGUGCUGAUCCUAAAAAAGUCAAUGAAGAUGGAUUCACACCAGCUUUGACAGCAUUUCAAGAAGGAUGGAAAGAAGUAGCAGAAUAUUUGGCAAAUAUUACCAAGGAAGUACUGCCAACAGAAGACUUGGAAGAUAUGUCUCUGGCUCAUGUCCAACAUGAUAAUAAUGAUGAAGACUAUGAUCCAGAAGUGGCAAGCAAGAUGCAAGAAAUCAUUAAUAGAAUUGAAGAACAAGGAGGCGAAUUUGCAAAUGAAGAAGAGCUAAGAGAGAUGGUGACAAAGCUAUUACUGGAAGAACUAAGAAAAAGUGCCUCCUAAAAAGUCACACAGACUUGGAAUGUAUAUUAAAUAAAAAGCGUGUUAUUGUAUCAUCUUUAAACUUGUGUGAGCAAACUUUUUGUGUUGAGAUAGUAAAGAGGGGGCGCACCUAGGAAAUU